UCAAAUUUGUCAAAUUCGUCUUUUUAUUAUAGUUUUGUAUAAAUCUAUUUAUAACCAAUUUAAAAGAAAAAAUAUUAUAAAUAUUGAUCAAAGAAAUGCCUCCAAGAAUACCUGUAAGAGAUUUUGUUAAAGACGAUUUGCUCUGGAAAGCAUACGUCAAUUUAGAGGAUGAAUCGGAACAAAAUUGGAGAAGAAAAUGGGGCUUUCAGUUGGACGAAUAUAAAUUACUCAAAGAAGAAAUGGAAGAGUACACGAAGAAAUCUCAACUCUUGAAAAGAGUCCUCGCGAAACAAGAGGAAGAUGUGAGAGUGUUGGGACCUGUUCCAGCUAGUACUAAUCACACUUAUGGUUAUGUGGCGAAAAAUCCAGAGUUCCAACUGGAGAAAUAUGGUCCAGGGGUAUUUGUGCCUUUGCCUUUGCCUAAGAGGUAUAAACUAGUACAUAUAUUUAAAGAUGACUUUCCAUAAUAGUAUAUAUAAAUGAUGAAUAAACGAUAUUCAGUAA